AUCGUACUGGCUAGCCACUCUUGGCCCCUUUAUCGUUGCUUUGUAAGGAAAAUCGCGGCAGUACACGAUUUUCGCAUCGCCCCAAUUCAAUCUGCUUCUAGCUAUUCCCGCAAUACCAGCACAUCCUCGAGCCUGGGGGUCAUGCGGCACCUUGCACUUCUCUUGUGUCUUUCGACAGUCUGCGCCUUCCCCGGACUCCCUAUCCUGCCGCGCGACCGUGGUGACCAGUCACAGGAGUACAGCAUGAAUAUGUCGUACACGGCCAGAUGCAGCCGGGACACAGUCUUUGAUCCGGCGACAGAUGCUUGGUCGAGCAUCACUAUGUUCCUCACGCGGGUCGGAGAGAGGAGGGGCAACCGAGACAUUGUCAGAACAUGGAUGAACCCCAUUCGAAUCGGCUCUUUCGAAUUCGAGCCGCAGGAAUAUCUCGGCCAACCUGACGCGGCAAGAUUCAGCUUCACUCUCAUCAGGGAAUUGACUGGUGCAGAAACGCCCGGGAUCACUAGAUGCUGUCGUGUCAGUUUCAACUUUGUGAUUCUCAUGAGCGUGGAUAGACAUCAAUGGGAAUGGGAGGCACCGCAAGUCAACCUCGUUUGCUCCAAAGACUACGAAGGAUGUCAGCCCAUGGUAUUGAGGAGCUACGGUCUCAGAGGCGUGCAACCUUGUCACUCCACACAACUCGAUGUCAAGGAGAUGAACGCCCCAUGCUCGUGGUGCUGGCCAUGGAGCUAAGGGUAAGAUGCAUAAAGGUCAAGCCGCAGUUGCAAGCCAGUCACCAGCUUCAAUACGACCAGGUUGAUCUGAUACAAUGCGCGCUCUUGUGCUCUCAAGAGUCGUGAUGGAUGAAGACGGACUCGCGCGGGCAGCGUUGCAGCUUCUCAAGCUGGCGUGAGAUACCGGUUCAGAUUGACCGAGUGACACAGUCAAC